AUGGUGAAUGUACCAAAAACAAGGCGAACAUUUUGCGAUGGCAAAUGCCGUAAACAUACGUUGCACAAAGUAGCUCAGUAUAAGAAAGGAAAAGAAUCAAGACUGGCUCAAGGUAGGAGACGUUAUGACUCCAAACAAAAAGGUUUUGGUGGACAAACUAAACCUAUUUUCCGGAAGAAAGCUAAAACAACGAAGAAAAUUGUUUUAAGAAUGGAAUGUACUGAAUGCAAACACCGCAAACAAUUACCAAUUAAACGAUGCAAGCACUUUGAGUUGGGAGGACAAAAAAAAACACGUGGACAGGUAUGUUGA